AUCGCUACAGGCGAGAUAUAUGUUCGCGUCCAUUUGUGAUCGUGCGGUAUAAUACGUACCAAAAAAAUCGAUUACACCAGCUUAUCAGGUUUGUGAAAAGCCAAAUCUAACUUUGAUAUAGUUUUUAUUGUCGAUUUACACGGGAAGAUGGCAAACAAUUUUGAAAAUGUAUGUGAAAUACGAAAAAGCGAUCAGUUAGGAAGAUAUCUGGUCGCAAAACGUGACAUUAAGGCAGGUGAGUUGAUAUUAGCUGAAGAUCCGAUCGUUGUAGGACCGUAUUGGGACGCAGACAUCAGCUGCUUGGGUUGCCUUAGGCCUGCUUCAAGAACUUGCAAAAAAUGUCUGAGGGCACCACUAUGCCGCGAGUGUUCGCGACACGAUGCAGUCGAGUGCGAUUUCUACGAACAUGCAUUAAAUUUGAGCAAAAAUUUUCUUUUCGAUCACUUUAACAUCGUCACCCCCAUACGCUGUCUGCUGCUGUACCGUAGUGACCGACAGAAGUACGACGAGUUGUUGGCUAUGGAGUCGCACUGCGACAGUCGUAGAGGCACGGAAAUAUGGCUCAUCCACGAACAGUAUGUUAUUGAGCCAAUGCUCUACGAAGAAGCUUUCCAGCAGAUCGACGAUCUGAUUGUAACUUCAGAGCUGUUGCAGCGUAUCUGCGGUAUAUUAGACGUGAACACGUUUGAAAUCCGUGGAAACAUGGACAGUCAGGGCGUGCAAAUGAACAAUUUGGCUCGAGGACUCUAUCCCCGGACUUCGCUCAUGACACACAACUGCCAAACAAAUACGUUAAUUGCCGUCGACGGCAUGUCUAAACUCCGGCUCUAUGCAUCGAUUGCGAUCAAAGCAGGAGAAUUGUUGUACUACAACUACACUCGAGUGUUGUUCAGUACAUUCGAAAGACAGACGCAUCUUCGAAAGGGAAAAUAUUUUAUUUGUACCUGUGCCCGUUGCAGUGAUCCUACCGAACUAGGCACUCAUUUAAGCUCACUCAAAUGUACCGCUUGUGGUAAUGGGCUGUGCGUUUUCCAUCAUCAUACACCGAAAUGGGAGUGUAAUUCAUGCGGCCAUCAGCUACCUCGAGAGUAUGUAAAUGAAAUCAUGUGCGACGCCAGGGAGGAUGUUGCAAGUUGUACUCUCGAUAUACGUAACUUAGAGAAAGUGAUAGGGAAACAUUCAAAAACGCUCAACCCGCACCAUUCGCUCGUGCUGGAAGCGAAGCAAAGCCUUGCCGGGGAGCUUCGAAGUAUGUGCAUGUCCUAUGAUUUACAAAAUGUACCACGUCAAGCGCUGAAACGUAAGCUAGAGCUAUGCGAAGAGAUGCUACAGAUAUUGCGUGUACUGGAUCCGGGCAUUUCGCGACUUACAGGCAUCGCCUUAUACGAAUACCACGCAGCGCUAGUUGAUUUAUCACGUCGCAACCAUGACACGGGGGAGAUCAAAACUCCUGAACUGUUGGAACGCUUACAGUUAGCCGAAAGUGCCUUAAAGGAUGCCAUCGGUAUGUUAGUGUUUGAGCACCCGACCACCCCGGAAGGCCAUCUUACGAAAAAAGCUAUGUGUGAACUAAAAGAGCUACGCGAAUAUAUACAAAAGGUGCAGGCAUUGGAGGAAGACGAACGUACGGAUCGACAAUGCCGUGGAAAACGCACCAAUAAUACGGGAAAGAAUAAGAAAUAA